AGACAGCUGUUGAACAACGUAUCGGAAAAACUUUGUACCCGAAACAACCGAAUGCCGAAAAAACAGAAUUAUGAAAUUCCACCGUGGGAACGGUCUAAUUGGGAGUUUAUGCAUGAAGGCCAGAAACGGUAUGCCUAUGAACAAUGGCUAAUGUCUCGUGUUCGCCGUGGUUUGCCUAUAGAUCACGACCGCCCAUCAACAUCUGGUUCAGCCACUGGAACAAGUUCUGUAGACAAACAUCACGUCGACCACGAAGUAUCAGAUACCGAAGAAGACGAAGACGAACAAGGACCAGAAGAAACACAACAACAUUCUGAACCACAACGUUUAGUACCAUAUUCUGACAGUGACGAAGGUAUGAGUUCGCCAAUGCAGGUAGAUUCAGGCAAACGACAGGCUGCAGCAGGUCAAUCUGGUGGAUCCAAGAAAAAAAAAGCGUUAACAGGCACUGCAGCACCAUCUGCUAACGUACUGGGUGAUUCUCCUAACACUCGUGAAUCGAAACAUGACGCGGCGUCGUUUCAUGAUUCGAGGGUCAGCAACUGAUAAAAAAAAGGGGCCUCGUGGGGUCCCAAGGUCGCGAUGGCGGCUGUCCAUGUCCCGCUGAGAUAAUUUGUCCUUUUAGGACAACACGUCUAUUAACAGCAUCUUGCAAUGCAAACUGAUUUGAUUUAUUAUUACAACGUCCAAUGUGGCCAACAUUUAAACCAAGUGAAAUUAUACAAUCAAAAAACCAAUUUUUGCCACUAUUUGGUGGACCAACAAUACAUAAUGUGUUUAACUUUUUAUUUGGUACAUAUACAUUUUUACCUUCAAAUUCUUGCCAUUGAUACAAUCCUUUUUUAUUAAUCCAAGAUACAAGAUUUGUUAAAAAUUUUUUAGCC